GCGAAACAAACCGACGAUCGGUUCGGUUGCAGUGCCGGUCACUCGAUAGUUAGUGUAUAGUUCGAUCUAGACAUGAUGAUCGCAGCCACCGGAACGUCGUUGGCACUGAUAGUGGCGGCACUACUGAUAAGCGCGGCACGCAUCAUCGUUUGUCAGCCUACCGAGGAUGGCAUUGGCCACAGGUGGGGCGGCAGUGAGUCACUGAUAGGACGCGAUCGCCAAAAGUGUGUCAGGUCUCCAACUACCGCCAGUGGCAGCGCGAUCCAGCGUGGCCGCAAGUUCUGCAGCGGCGAACUGAUCUUCGAAGACAAUUUCGAUUUCUUCGAUUUUGAAAUCUGGGAGCACGAGAACACACUGGCCGGUGGUGGGAACUGGGAGUUUCAGUGGUAUACCAACAAUCGGUCCAAUUCAUUUGUCGAGGAUGGCGUCCUAUACAUAAGGCCUACGCUAACGGCGAACGAGUAUGGAGAGGAAUUUCUAAGCUCGGGUACGAUCAGUUUAUGGGGUAAUCGACCUGUAGAGCAAUGCACGAACCCAGCUUUCUACGGCUGUGAACGACGGGGAACGGAAAUGAAUAUUCUAAAUCCGGUCAAAAGCGCGCGCGUAAGAACGCUUCAGUCGUUCAAUUUCAAGUACGGUCGAGCGGAGGUUCGGGCAAAGCUACCUUCCGGAGAUUGGCUUUGGCCAGCCAUUUGGUUACUUCCGAAGCGGAACGCAUACGGAACGUGGCCAGCAUCGGGUGAAAUCGAUUUGAUGGAGUCGCGUGGUAAUGAGAAUCUUACGGUAAAUGGUACUCCAAUAGGAACGCAGCAGGUUGGCCAUACGCUGCAUUUCGGACCAAAUCCGUCGAACAAUGGCUGGAAUACGGCUAGUUUGGCAAAAAACUCACCACCCGAAGAAGCGUACAGCAAGAACUUUAACAUCUUUGGGUUUACUUGGAGUCCUGACAACAUUACCGUUAGCAUUAAUGGAGAGCAAACGGUGAUUUUUGAAGCAGGAGAUGGCUUUUGGAAGCGGGCAGGUUUUGAUAAGCGCAACUUGGAGAAUCCUUGGCGGUAUGGUAGCAAAAUGGCUCCAUUUGAUCAGGAGUUUCAUUUUAUUCUAAAUCUGGCGGUCGGUGGAGUGAAUGGAUACUUUCCCGAUAAUGCGGAAAAUCCGGGCGGUAAGCCAUGGCUCAAUAGUUCGCCUAAAGCGGCAACCGACUUCUGGGAUGGACGUGAAAGUUGGCUGCCGACAUGGAAUCUAGAUAAAAAUGAUGGCAAAGAUGCUGCACUUCAGAUUGAUUAUGUUAAAGUGUGGGCUUUGUGAUAAAUUUUGCUGAUAGAUAAAUAUAGUUAUUUUUCUAAUGUGAACAA